AUGCCAAAGUUAAUUCUUGUUAGACACGGUCAAUCCACCUGGAACGAAAAGAACUUGUUCACCGGUUGGGUUGAUGUUAGAUUAUCUGCAAUUGGUGAAAAGGAAGCCAACAGAGCUGGUGAGUUAAUUAAGGAAGCCGGUAUUCAAGUUGAUCAAUUGUAUACUUCCAAGUUAUCCAGAGCCAUUCAAACUGCUAACAUUGCUCUUUCUGCUGCUGAUCAAUUAUAUGUUCCAGUUAAGAGAUCAUGGAGAUUGAAUGAAAGACAUUACGGUGCUUUGCAAGGUAAGGAUAAGGCUCAAACCUUGGAACAAUAUGGUGCUGAAAAGUUCCAAAUCUGGAGAAGAUCUUUUGAUGUUCCCCCACCACCAAUUGAAGAUGACUCUGAAUUUACUCAAGUUGGUGACGUCAGAUACAACAACAUUGACCCCAAUGUGAUCCCAAAAUCUGAAUCUUUGGCUUUGGUCAUUGACAGAAUGUUGCCUUACUGGCAAGAUGAAAUUGCCAAGGAUUUAUUGGAAGGUAAGACUGUUAUGGUUGCUGCUCACGGUAACUCCUUGAGAGCCUUGGUCAAGCACUUGGACAAGAUCUCUGAUGAUGACAUUGCUGGUUUGAACAUCCCAACUGGUAUCCCAUUGGUUUAUGAAUUGGACUCAAAGUUACAACCAGUUAAACCUGCUGAAUACUUGGAUCCUGAAGCUGCUGCUGCUGGUGCCGCUGCUGUUGCUGCCCAAGGUCAAAAGAAGUAA